AGCGACUGAAAAUUGUGGAAUAGACUAAAAUCGACAGUUUCGCGUCUCCGCGUCUCGUCGCGAAAAUCUCGCCGCACACUCCGCUUCUCUUUAGUUGCAACAACUUCUGCACCAGCCACUUCACUCAAUGCCAUGCACGCAUCAACCCAUCCAUCCGCUAUCACCAAAACUUGAGUGCCACGUGGCGGCACGCGAGAGCAUACGACACACCGCUCCACACGAUACAGUAACUGAGCGGAGCACGACACACACAGCUGGUUUGUGGGUUUGUGGUUGGUUGGCUGGUCCCCUGGCCAGCUUACAGCACGAGUAUCGCGAAUGCGGUCGCCGGCGGUUGCAGCAGCGUCUGCAUGGUUACAUUCACCAUACCCGUCAGCUGAUUCGCCUGACCGACACAGAGAGAAGCCAUGGACGAUCGGCGCCACGCCGACUGCAGUGCGUUCCGACCAGUAGAAAGAUGGCCAGCAUGUUCUUCUGCACGCCAUCGAGAAUGAAGAUCCGCUGACGACUGCCUGCACAAUACAUGCAAAGAGCACAACAUAGACUACUCGUAGAUCAGUGGCCGUACCAAUGAAUAGGUUAGCGGCGAGGCAGCAUGCGAGCUGCCAGGAAUGGUGGCUCACGCACAACAACACAAAGGGCAGGUUGCUCUGGAAGACAAGAAGACAGGUAUGGAUGGAUGGAUGAAUGAGCGUGCGAGCGUCCGCGUACGACGGGCUGCUUACUGACCAGUCUCCUUGACGGCAUCAGCCCCCAUCUCUUGUCAAGGUAGACCACCAAAAGAAACGUCACCACACACCAACUGAACCAGAGGACACACGCACCACUCAUUCUCACACGAACAAACCGUCUGUGGCGUGGUGCGGUGCCCGUGCGGUGCGUGUGUACCCCAAUAGCUUGGUCAGCGUGAUGCGGGUGGGUGGCGCCCUGACGACAGGAACCGCAAACACACAGACAGAUAGGUAUGCACAGACAUCUCCGUGUGUGUCGGCCGAGCACCUUUCCGGUUUGAGGAUGCGCCCAUGGCCGACGCCAAUCAGAAACAGAGACAACAGACCUCAACACCACACCGCACCACAAAACGCGCACGUCGAUCCGAGAGUAAAGUCGGCGCGCGUAGCCUGUGUCGUGUAUUCCUCACUCACCGAUACUGCCCAGAAUGCCUUCGCGAUUGGCACUGAAGAAAGCUGGAGACACACAGGCAACCAUACAAGUCAGUCAACACUUGGUGCAACCAGUCGGAGCGCUCCUGAUGUACAUGUUCUUUCGGCAUUGAGUAUGAAGCCGCCCACACCGCAGUUCAGCACCAACUCGUACACUGCAUACACACACACACACACACACACACAUAUACAGAGGAGAUGCAUGUGUGCGGGAAGGAGCCACACAGCAGGUAGGAAAGGUACCCGCAGCUAUGAUGAGUCCAGCCGCGUCGGCCCACUCGGCGGGGAACAGACGAUUGACCACCAAUGACGAACCUGGCACGACACACAUCCCAAUCAGCAGACAUAUAUGGCUGGACUCACUGGCCACUGUUGCUGUACCUCCCCACCUAAUGUCACCAGGGCGAUAGAGAAGAAGAAGUUCCAGUGGACACCGUACUCAGAAGUGGGCACCUGCACACACACGACACGCCCAUGGCGGCAUCCGUUUAGCCGCGCCGCCGUCCUUUCUCAUGCUCACGUGGUAGUCGACGCCCCACACGAGGAUCAAUCGAAUGGCGCCCAGCAGUAGGAGGGGCCACAGGCUGUAGGCUGUCACGCGAAGGGACGUUGGCGCUCUGCUGCCUGUGCAGCACACGCAAACACAGAUGUAAAGCCACACAAAGCCACACUAAUGCGUAUGGUGCCUAAGUACCUCUGGCAGCUUUGGAAACCAUGCCGCCCGCUAGGGUGAAGAAACCGACGCCCCCGUCCAUCUGACGGAACAAGAGCGUGGACAACGCUCAUCCACGGAUGGAUGGAGGGGAGAGGCGGUAUGUUAGCCCUCAAUUACUCACCACAGAGAAUCCGUAGUUUUCAGUCUUGGCGAGCCGCCGCGGGUAGAUGAAAAAGUCGACCGCAAGAAUGGCUGACACAUCCAUCCAUCCAUCCAUCCAUCGGUAUUCCGAUCUUAAAGAUCUGCCGGCGAACCAAUGUUUGUUCCAAUGGCGCCAACAGCCCGAUAGUCAGAUAUGUAGCACGGACGCCUGUAGAAUCCACACACAUGAUCCAGGCACAGCCUUGUGUGGCCGUCACAGCCUUCAUUCUGCUCACUUUGGCUCUGCACAAUGCGGCCGCGUUUCAGCUGACCUUCCUUAGGGAAACACACAACACAGACAAACAGACAAAGAAACAAACAGGCAGGCAGGCAGGCAGACGGGAGCAUCAACCAAGAGCAAAGUGCCGGUCUCUCUUCGACUACUUGUGUGCGUACCAGAAGUCGCUCGUGCGGAAGAUCCGUCCAUCAGCACCACUCGAGGCCUUUCGCCUCUCCGUCAUGACAGCAAUGGCGACCACGCCCAGCUGGCCGCACAUGACGCUCACAGACAGGCGAGGCGCACAGAAGAGCACCAGCAGCGGCAUCACUACCGCAAGGAACUCCAGUACAAAGCGGAGCACAAGGGAGCUCGGCCACCGCAGCAGCACCAUGAGGGCGUGGCAGAAGAGAAUAGACACCUGCAGACAGACAAGAUACCAACCGGCACACGCACACAAGGGAGGGAGAGUGAAACACCGUCGUGUAGCUUUUGGGUGCCUCACUGCUGGAGAUGCGCCGAUGAGGAAGAGUUCCAGGUGUGCUGCGCCGGUCUCGUUGACAUAUGCCGUCUGCUGGAUCUGGCUGUACUCAUCCCUGGACACUCUGGUGCGGCAGACGCCAUCAUCAGGUGACAGCGCCACAGAAGGGCAUUCGAACCAUUCAUGAAUGAAACUCAUUGCUAUAGCAUCUACAAACCUUACUGGCUCUCACGAGAUCCUCAGCGCCUCAG